AUGUUGUUCUUCUCUUUCUUCAAGUCUCUUGUUGGUCAGGAUGUCGUUGUGGAAUUGAAAAACGAUCUGAGUAUUUGCGGAACACUGCACUCUGUGGAUCAGUAUCUGAAUAUGAAACUCACUGAUAUUUCUGUAGCCGAGCCUGAGAAGUUCCCUCAAAUGCAUGCCGUGAAGAAUUGCUUUAUUCGAGGAUCAGUCGUAAGAUAUGUGCAAUUGCCAGCUGAUCGAGUUGACACGCAGCUGCUUCAAGAUGCGUCAAGGAAAGAAGCUGCUGCUCAAAGCAGAAAAUAA